GAGGGCUCGGAAUUAAAUAGAAUCUGUGUUAUCGUAUAAUUACUUGAGACACGGAAACAGUACUUUUAUUAUUUUCUAUUCCUACCUACACCUUUCCUAAAAGCUUCUUACACAAGUUCCCGGAGUUUUUAUAGCGGUGGGAGCUUAAAGGACACAGAUGAGAAGAAUGCACUGGAACCCUGUAAUGAAUUAAGAAACUCUGCUUUUGCAAGAUGGAGGCGUAAACUCCACCACCACGCCAUCAACUAAAAUGGCCGAUCAGUAUUAGACCAAGCUUAUCCAUUUCACACGCUGAAAAGGGGGGGGGAAACUACCAUGGUAACAUUAAUAACCGAGAAGCUUCAGAACCAGAGCUUGGAUGAUCUGUCAUGUAAAACCUACAACCUUAAUCUGCACCCAUCUGUGAAACUGAACAAAAGUGCCUGCUUGUUCCCUUACGAAAUCAAUGAAGACAGCCCUUGGAAAGUCCUCAACGGGACAUAUCCAAUCAGGAAUGAGGUGAACAAGAACUCAAUCUUUUCCUUCUCCACGUACCCCUUCGGUGCAGGCACUUCGGGCAGCUACGGUCAGCAGUGGCAAAACGAGUCGUCCAAUGCAGCCAAGGUCUCUGGGUGGAUAAGUGGACUGACUCUAAAUGACGGCUUUGGACAGCCCCUGGCACCCCCUACAAAAAGACACUGCAGGUCAUUGUCUGAGCCAGAUGAACUGUCCCGCUGUAGGUCACCCUGGAAACCUGGCAAUUCCAAAGUUUGGACUCCGGUAUCAAAAAGACGAUGCAACAGUGGUGGGAGCACCACUUUGCAGCGAUGCAACAGUCACGGUGGUGGCAACCUUCAGAGAAGCACAAGCAUCAGCCUGCCACAAAAUCCAGUCACGGUCAAGAACAUCUUUGUGGCCUCCACCUGCGACACUUCUCCAGUCCAGAGGCCAUCAUCGGCCAGCAGUGGCUUUGUAGAUAGUAACGAAGGAAGUGCCGUUUAUAACGUCCACUGGAACUCUACGGAGCCCACUGAAUUCAAUCCGAGGAGACGCUUCUCCCUCUCUCAGGAGCACAUUACGGAAAAUGCAGAUCUUUCGCCUUCAGCCAAUAGCACACCCACCUCAACUCCAGAGCUCCGGCGGCGCCAGGGCUUGCUGAGAUGCCGCUCCCAGCCGUGUGUCCUCAACGAAAGGAAAACGCGGCUAAAACGCAGGCGUGACGAAGAUGUCCGGUGGACUCGGCCAUCUUUGGAUUUUUUCAAAAUGACACGGGCUUUAAAAAAUUCUAAAAGCCUUUGCUCUCUUGAUUAUGAAGAGGAUGAAGAUCCUCACAUGAAGACUAUUGUCUCCUCCCCAUGUGAUUCUGAUGACCUCAUGAGCUGCAUCACUCCUGGUUCCAGUCCUGCAAAGGAGUCAUUUAUGGGUGCUGGGAGUCUGGGGCCCUUACGCUCCAAACACACAAGGGAGCCGCCAUUGAGUGAAAGCGAAGAGGACACCAGUGACUGCGAGAGCUCAGAAGGGAGUAGCUUUCCUACAGACUGUGGAGACCUGGAUCUGGAACAGAUAGAAAACAAUUGAGUCCCAAAGCUUCCGUUGGGUGCCUGCGUCUUGGCAAGAGCUAGUGGUGGCAUCUAUGCAGUGUCACGGAGUUUCUGCGUCUGCCUUCGGUAUCUCAUAGAAUUGUUUGGAGGCUCUAUCGGAGCAGUUGACAAUUUACUUUGUUAUUCAUGAAAUGGACAAAAUAUAGUUUGGAUACGACUGAGCAUUAAAGCUUAUUUUCCACCUGGCAGCGUUUGCUUAGUGCCUAAAUACGUGGGACCUCCCUUACAAAGUCUGAAGAAAUAGACCUUCUUACCAAUAUGGCUUAUCUCCCAUUUAUUUUCCCUUUAACCAACAGCGGGCGUAGCUUAUAGUGUGUAUGCAUUUCUACUCAUGUGGGAGCUGCUAUUUUUAUUGCCUCUUCGUGUGCCUGAUCUGUAGACUUGAGUUGAAUGAGUUGACCUUAAAGACCUUAAAGAUGGACAUAACCGGUAACUACAAAAUGAAAUACAUACAUUUGGAGGUAAUGCCAUAGUUUCCCAAACUGUGUGGUUGACCCUCCUGGGGUUUCAAAGCAGUUGAUGUAGGCCAGUAAUAUGAUUUGAGGUGUAUGUCUAUUUGCAAACCUCAAUAUUCAUGGAAGUACAUGACUAAGGUGAAUUUUGGGGUAAGCUAAGGAAGGUCCUGACCACAUUUUGACCCAUUAAGUAUAAGGUUUAUGCACUAACAGGGACUAAACUUUUACAUCUUCCGAUGUAUUGCAGUUACAGUACUCAAAUUCAACAUCUGAUUACUGGAUUAGACCAGUUGCCAUGGCCAGGGCUUCAUGUUGACUAUAUACCUCAUGUAGCCCUGAUAUAACUAGCUCAAGUUAGUAGAUGACUACUUCCAGUGCCAGGGUUCAGCAGCUCUUCAGGAUGAUAAGUUUCCACAAACAUUGUUGGUGGAAGGUUCACUGUGAUUGGCUGCACCACCAAGCGACUCAACGCAGUGAUCGCUGACCUGUUUGAUUUCCGGCACGGACUAUAGCCAGCAAUGGGGUGUGGCUGGAAAACCGUUGUCUGCAGUAUUUCAUGUAGAACAUCUAAGAUAACUACAUGCUGCAUUAGGGAGCUUUUUAGAGUAGUUCAUUUAGGGCUUUAGCACUCCCACCCUUGAUAUUUGCACUAUGUUUUAAAUGUUAUGGAAGAGCAUGUUUCUUCCGCAGUUGCCCUUAGAUGGUGGUGCCUUACUCUCAGACUUCCAUAUGAAGUUCCUCAUGAACUGGUCUUGAUUCCUCUAGAUCCUGCAAAAUGCCCCAACCGCUCUCCUUACUGCAAACUUCCUUUAGCCAUAGUAACCAAAAUAUUGGGCAGCUGGGUCUACCCAAUGGUCUUAUGCAUACCGCUAAGCAUGAUGGGGAUGUUUAGCUACUCAGGAGCCUCACCUAGAAGUACCUAGGCUUUGUGUCCUUUACUCAAGUGUUUCCUUCUCUCUAUGGAGAGCGUCUGCCAGUUGCUCUUUCCUUUGUAUAAAUGGCCGUACCAAGAGCAGGAACGUCCUGCCAACACCAUAAGCUGCACCUUCUCUUUAUGAUCUAAGGGAAUGUAAAUGGGAGAUAAAGUCUACUUAUACCUGGAGUAUGUUUUCCCUUUAUGUUGAAGAGGUAUGUACUCCGUUUGCUGUUGGAUGAAAAUUAAGCUUUUCUGCUCUCACGUUCUUGGAGGACUAUUACGGCCUCACUUUUGAGGGGGCUACGUCAAAUGCUGAAGAAGUUUAGUUUUGUAAACAUCUUUCAUAGUUGGAUUCAUGAAAUAAAACAGUAUAUAUAUAUAAAAAAGUCCCGAUACGUUGUCAGGUGGAUUUACAAUAAAUUUCUAACAGAUUUUUUUCACUUCUCCAGCUUUUUAUAGUUCUGGAAGAAUUAAGCAUCUCUAUUUUGAAAGUCAUUUUUCAGCCGGGCAUUCUGUAAAACUCCUGUCUGCCGCGAUUUCUGGCGCAAGAAUGCAUUUUUUUGUUAUUGUUCAAGAGUUUAAGGGAAAAAAAAGCCUAUCUCAAUAAACAGAUGUUAUUUCUGGUCCAAAAUAACUACUCUCAUAUGUGUUUUUGUAACAGUGAGUGGUUAUAAAACUUGAGACCAUGUACAAAUGUGUUUAUUUUUCAUAGAUUUCGAUUUUGAUCAAAAAUGCUCUAGUGACCAUAAAAAGCUAAGGAGAAAGUCCAUGAUUUUACUACUUGAAUAUUUUUCUAUCCUGAACAAAGCAAUUGUCAUUUACAUUGUGUGCAUUUACAAGUGGGAUUAAGCGCCGACGUUGUAGUUCAUUAUUACCUUUAUUUUUCUUUCUCCUGUUGUUCAGAAUGUAUAAGAGCACUUGAACUUUACACAGGGACGUUGUCUUGUAACAAUCGAUUCCACAGGAGGUGAUUCCUUCAGCAAUACGUAGGAUUAUUUCUCUUUGAAAUAAAUCAAAUUGCUUUGCA